AUGGCAUCACAGCGCGUUCGUACAACGCAAGAUACCGUUACAGACCACAGCAGCCUCAAGAUCGCCGGACCACAGGAAGAUUAUCUGGGCGGGGAUACAGCGUCGUUGUCGUCGCAACCUGUUACUCCACCGUUCCCAAGAAAUCAAGAUCCCCACCUAGCGUCACGAGUCUAUACUGCAAAUGCAAGUGCGCGUCGAUGCAUUGGUGCGGCAUUGUCACAGUCGCCCGCCCGCAGUGGCCACAGUACAUGCAUACGGAGGAUCUUCGAUGACCCGCUACGGCCGCUCGCCCUUCGACCACGACCUCGAGACGUGAUCUACCCCCCACUGCCAAAUGUCUCCAGACAGCUCUCACCAUCAAGGAAGCAUCAUCAAAGCCGCAACGCACCUCUCGGACCCCAUCAACCACUGCCUCAAGAUCAACAUUCUAGUCAAGAUGAAUCUGGCAUAUCGGCAGGGUCCAUUGCUCGAUCCUCGUCAGAGUCGUGGUCUGAUGAUUCAAUCUAUUUAGAGGCUGAAAGGCUACAUGCCUCACCAAGUCUUGCAGCAUUGGCAGAUGGGAGAGUGUGGAACUGGCUGUCAGCAACUGACGACGAUCGCGAUAUAGACACAAGGACCGAGGGGGCUGAGAGUUUGGACGUGCAUCCCGACGAGCCAGCACUGAGAAACUGCACAGCCCUUAAGCCCAACAAUGUCAUCGCACAUGAGGCAGAGAUGUCCACGGACGAUCUUACGGCUUAUCUGCUUCAUUCGCAACGCCAGGUCUCCAGCAUGUGCGAGACCCUUGGCUUCAAUCGACUACCAGCAAAACAAGCUCGUAAAAUGGUCGACACUUCUACAAGAUCCUGCGGUCCGAAUGCAACAGGUCCCCAUAUGAACGUCACACCACCUACAGCUCGCGCAUCCUCUUUCCGGGAAGAUCUCGAACUUAACCCGCUUAGUCCCAAUGUUUGCACAGAGCGAGGCCCUUCAAAACAUCACAAAUCUCGUACAGUAGAGGUCGUAGCAAGCCAGUUCCCUACCACCCCAAGACUGCCGAUUCGAUACCAGCGACGACAUCUGAAGGAGAAUGUGCCUUUUAGCAACGAAAAUAUCACUCAGGAUCCAUCCAAGGGCCUCAGAGAUCGCGGGACGACUGCUCAUUAUAUCACCUGA